UCUUCACCGCUGCAGCCACCUCCACUACUGCCUCCCCCACAGAAGGGACCUCAGUGCCCACCACGGGACAAUUAUCCACUGGAGACCCCCCCAGCACUGUCUUCUCCACAGGGGUGACCUCCACAGAAGCCACUGCCACCUCGGCAGACUUCCCUACCGCCAUCACGACCACUGGAGUCACCUCCACUGCUCCCACCUCCCCAGAGGUGACCUCAAUGGCAUCACCCACCACCUCACCAGAGUCCUCCACUGCCGUCUCCACCACCGGAGCCUCAACCACUGCCACACCUGCAGAGGUGACCACCACUUUGGUCCCCACCACAUCCAGAGACUCCUCCACUGCCCUCAGCACCACUACAGUGCCCUCCACUGCUCUCAGCUCCACGGAGGUGACCUCCACAACAUCUCCCACCACCUCAGGAGACUUAUCCACUUCCUUCUCCACCCGUGGAGCCUCCUCCACUUCUAUCAGCUCCACACAGGUGACCUCAGUGGCAUCACCCACCACUUCACCAGAGUCCUCCACCGACAUCUCCACCACUGGAGCCUCCACCACUGCCACAUCCACGGAGGUGACCACUACUUUGGUCCCCACCAUGUCCACAGUCUCCACUGCCCUCAGCACAACAGAGUUGACCUCCACAGAACCUCCCACCACCUCAGGAGAUUUAUCUACUUCCUUCCCGACUACUGGAGCCUCCUCCACAGCUCCCACCUCCCCAGAGGUGACCACAAUAUCUCCCACUACCUCAGGAGACCUAUCCACUUCCUUCCCAACCAGUGGAGGAUCCUCCACUGCUCCCACCUCCACGGAGGCGACCUCAAUGGCAUCGACCACCACCUCACCAGAGUCCUCCACUGCUCUCUCCACCGCUGGUGCCUCUUCCACUUCCAUUUUCACAGAGGUGACCACCACUUUGGUCCCCGCAAUGUCCACAGACUCCUCCACUGCUCUCAGCACCACUACAGCCCCUUCCACUGCUCUCAGCUCCACUGAGGUGACCUCCAUGGCUUCCGCGACCACCAUGGGAGAGAUAUCCACUUCCUUCUCCACCACUGAAGCCACCCCCAGUACUGCCACAUCCACAGAGGUGACCUCCACAGAAACCUCCACCACCACAGCAGACUUAUCUACUUCCUUCCCAACCACUGGAGCCUCCUCCACUGUUCCCACCUCCACAGAGAUGACCUCAAUGUCAUCAACCACCACCUCACCAGAGUCCUCCACUGCCAUCUCCACCACUGGUGCCUCCUCGAGACCCUCCUCCACUGCUCCCACCUCCCCGGAGGUGAACUCAAUGGCAUCGACCACCACCUUACCGGAGUCCUCCACUGCUGUCUCCACCACUGGGGCCUCCACCACUGCCCCAUCUGCCGAGGUGACCACCACUUUGGUCCCGUCCACAUCCGGAGACUCGUCCACUGCCCUCAGCACCAUAGAGGUGACCUCCACAACAUCUCCCACCACCUCAGGAGAAUUAUCUACUUCCUUCCCAACAAUUGGAUCAACCCCCAGCACUGUCAUCUCCCCAGCGCUGACCUCCAUGGCUUCCACGACCACCAUGGGAGAGAUAUCCACUUCCUUCUGGACCACUGGAUCCACUCCCAGCACUGUCACCUCCCCAGAGGUGACCACCACUUUGGUCCCCACCACAUCCAGAGACUCCACUGCCCUCAGCUCCACAGAGGUGACCUCCACAACAUCUCCCACCACCUCAGGAGACAUAUCUACUUCCUUCCCAACCACUGGAGCCUCCUCCACUGCUCCCACCUCCCCAGAGAUUACUUCCAUGGCUUCCACGACCACCACGGGAGACUUACCCACUUCCUACUCCACCACUGGAGCCACCACCAGCACUGUCAUCUCCACGGAGGUGACCUCCACAACAUCUCCCACCACCUCAGGAGAAUUCUCUACUUCCUUCUCCACCCGUGGAGCCUCCUCCACUUCUAUCAGCUCCACACAGGUGACCUCAGUGGCAUCACCCACCACUUCACCAGAGUCCUCCACCGACAUCUCCACCACUGGAGCCUCCACCACUGCCACAUCCACGGAGGUGACCACUACUUUGGUCCCCACCAUGUCCACAGUCUCCACUGCCCUCAGCACAACAGAGUUGACCUCCACAGAACCUCCCACCACCUCAGGAGAUUUAUCUACUUCCUUCCCGACUACUGGAGCCUCCUCCACAGCUCCCACCUCCCCAGAGGUGACCACAAUAUCUCCCACUACCUCAGGAGACCUAUCCACUUCCUUCCCAACCAGUGGAGGAUCCUCCACUGCUCCCACCUCCACGGAGGCGACCUCAAUGGCAUCGACCACCACCUCACCAGAGUCCUCCACUGCUCUCUCCACCGCUGGUGCCUCUUCCACUUCCAUUUUCACAGAGGUGACCACCACUUUGGUCCCCGCAAUGUCCACAGACUCCUCCACUGCUCUCAGCACCACUACAGCCCCUUCCACUGCUCUCAGCUCCACUGAGGUGACCUCCAUGGCUUCCGCGACCACCAUGGGAGAGAUAUCCACUUCCUUCUCCACCACUGAAGCCACCCCCAGUACUGCCACAUCCACAGAGGUGACCUCCACAGAAACCUCCACCACCACAGCAGACUUAUCUACUUCCUUCCCAACCACUGGAGCCUCCUCCACUGUUCCCACCUCCACAGAGAUGACCUCAAUGUCAUCAACCACCACCUCACCAGAGUCCUCCACUGCCAUCUCCACCACUGGUGCCUCCUCCACUUCCAUUUCCACAGAGGUGACCACCACUUUGGUUCCUACAAUGUCCACAGACUCCUCCACUGCCCUCAGCACCACUGAGGUGACCUCCACAACACCUUCCACCACCUCCGGAGACUUAUCUACUUCCUCCCCGACCAUGGGAGCCACCUCCACUGCUCUGACCUCCACAGAGUUGACCUCCAUGGCUUCCACGACCACCACAGGAGACUCAUCCACUUCCUUCUCCACCACUGAAGUCACCCCCAGCACUGUUAUGUCCACAGGGGUGACCUCCACAUCAGCCCCCAGCUCCACAGAACAUAUCUCCACGGUCUUCUCCACCACUGGAGACACCUCCAGCACUUCCACCUCCAUAGAUGUGACUUCCACCACCUCAGGAGGUUUAUCCACUUCCUUCCCUACCACUGGAGACACCACCGCUACUCCCACCCCCACAGAAGCCCCCACCACCUCAGAAGACCCUUCCACAGUCCUCUCCACGACUGGAAUGACCACCAAUCCUCUCACCUCAACACAGGUGACCUCAAUCGCAUCCAUGACAACCUCGGGAGACUUAUCCUCUUCCUUCUCAACCACUGAAGCCACUUCCACUGCUCCCACCUCCACAGAGAUGACCUCCAUGUCUUCCACGACCACCAUGGGAGACUCAUCCACUUCCUUCCCAACCACUGGACCCACCACCAGCACAGUCAUCUCCACAGAAGGGACCUCCACAGAAGCUCCCACCACCUCAGGAGACUCAUCUACCUCCUUCCUGACCACUGGAGCCUCCUCCACUGCUCCCACCUCCACAGAGGUGACCUCCAUGGAUUCCAUGACCACCACAGCAGACUUAUCCACUUCCUUUUAUACCACUGGAGGGACCUCCACAGAAGUUCCCACCACCUCAGGAGACUUAUCCACUUCCUUCAUGACCACUGGAGCCACCACCAGCACUGUCAUCUCCACAGGAGGGACCUCCACAGAAGUUCCCACCACCUCAGGAGACUUAUCCACUUCCUUCAUGACCACUGGAGCCACCACCAGCACUGUCAUCUCCACAGGAGGGACCUCCACAGAAGUUCCCACCACCUCAGGAGACUCAUCUACUUCCUACGCAACCAAUGAACCCUCCUCCACUGCUCCCACCUCCCCACAGAUCACCUCCAUGGCUUCCCCAACCACCACUGGAGACUUAUCCACUUCCUUCUCCACCACUGGAUCCACCCCCAGCACUGUCACCUCCACACAGGUGACCUCCAUACAAGGUUCCACCAACUCAGCAGAAUCCUCCACUGCCUUCUCCCCCACUGAAGCCACUUCCCCACAGGUCACCUCCACAGGAGCACUCACCACCUCUGCAGACUCCUCCACCAUCUUCUCCACUGCUGCCUUCACCACCACAGAUGUCACCUUUUCAUCAUCCCCCACCACUUCAGGUGAUUUCUCCACUGCCUUCUCCUCCGCUGCAAGCACCCUCGCCAACUCAGAGGUGACCUCCACGGCAGCACCCACUACCAUCACCCAUGUGACCUCCACAGCACCCAUCACCCCCACCCAAGUGACCCCCACAGUGGCCUCUACCACUCAAAAUGGAGGCACCUACAAUAUUGUCGACAAGACGUGUCUCUGCACCCCAUAUUUCUACGGCCCCUUCUGCCAGUUCUCCACCAACUCCAUUGACACCAACCUCCCUCACCCGGGGACGAUCGUGGCGGACGUGGAGCUGGUGGUGACCGUCACCAACUUCAACUACACGGAGGACCUGAAGGAUACCGAAUCGGAGACCUACCGCAACUUUGAGGAGCACUUCCGGAAGGAGAUCAGGAAGAUCUAUGGGAACAUCCCCGGCUACGAAGGCGUGGAGAUCCUCAGCCUCAAAUCUGGCAGCAUCGUGGUGGAGCACAAGGUCAUCUUCACCACAAGGGAGAGCAGCAACAUGACGGAGAAGUUCCAGGAGAUCACGAAGAGCCUGGUGGAGAGGUUGGAAGAGACGGAGGCCAACCAGGGCGCCUGCCAGCACAAUGACUCCAUCCUCUGCCUCACUGUGUCACCCAACCCCGUCAUCAGGAACAUGACGGAGGAGCCUUCCCUGAACGAGAUCUGCUGGCAGCGAGCACCCAGGGAAUACCGCGACUUCUACUACGCGGUGACCACGGAGGGCAUCAUCCACUGCAUCACCAACUGCACGCCCAACAUGCCGACCACCAUGGAUUGCCACUACGGCCAGUGCCACGUCACCCGGGCCGGUCCCCAGUGCUUCUGCCAGGAUGAAGCCCUGUACUGGUACACGGGUGACCAGUGUUCCGGGCGCGUCAGCAAGUUGGCCAUGGGAUUGGGGUUGGUGGCCACCGUGUUGCUCAUCAGCUGUAUCGUCCUCGCCGUGUUGCUGGUCAGGGGCCGCCGGAGGAAGUACAAGCUGAGUGACUUUCCACCCUCCACUGGUGGCAACUGGUACGAGGCCGAUGACUUCGCCUGGCUCUCGCCCGAUGGUUUCCUCUACCGCAACAUGGCAGCCGACAGCGCCCUCGCUGACCCCCAACGCCAGCUCAGGUUGACGGACGCCACCGCUUGGAGAAGACCCCCGAGCCAUCCAACCGCCCCCCACCAUCUCCCCAGAGGUGAUGACCAGCAACGCAAAUUCACUCCUUCGUUGGAGCUGGUGGAUACCUCCAGCCCGCCCGCCCCCACCAGCGCCUGUCGGAACGGGGCCACGGCUUUCGGGACGGCGUGCGUGUGUCCGCCGGGAUACCGGGGAGAAACCUGCCAACAGCCGGAGCAGCCCGACUCCUGCCUGAACGGUGGCACCUUGGUGGGGGUGGUCUGCCACUGUCCCCCGGAAACCUGGGGACCCCGGUGUGAGUGCACCAGCCCGUUCCCUGCCACGGUGCUCGCCGUGGCCGGGAGCCCAACCACAACAGUCGGUGAGAGUGACUCCACACCGAGUAUCAUCUGCACCACACACUCCGCGGAGACCCGUUCCGCUGUCCUGACCACCCUGGAAAGCGAUAACGUGGCCACCGUCACAACUACCACCAGGGAAAGCAAGGCUACCUUGGCACCCCGGGCAAGAAAUGCCAUGGCCACCACCCCAGAGGGCAACACCACGGCCACGUUGCCAACUACCGCCCUGGAGAGCAACACCACGGCUGCAGAGAGCAACACCACAGCCACGGAGAGCACUACCGUGGCCACCACCCUGGAAAGCAACACCACGGCCAUGCUACUGACCCCCGUGGAACGCAAGACCACAGCCACUCCCAUUGAAAGCAACACCACGGUGACGGAAAGCAACACCAUGGCCACCGCCCUGGAAAGCAGUGCCACAGCUACACGAACGGCCACCAUGGAAAGCAAUACCACAGCCAACCCCAUGGAAAACAGCACCACAGACACUCUACCAACCCCCGUGGAAAGCUACACCACAGCCAUCGCCAUGGAAAACAUCACCACGGACAUUAUACUGACCCCCAUGGAAAGCAACACCACGGCCACCCCCAUGGAAAACAUCACCACGGACAUUCUACCAACCCCCAUGGAAAGCUACACCCCAGCCAUCCCCAUGGAAAACAUCACCACGGACAUUAUACUGAUGCCCGUGGAAAGCCACACCACAACCAUCCCCAUGGAAAACACCUCAGACAUUCCACCAACCCCUAUAGAAAGCCACACCAUGACCACCGCCAUGGAAAACAACACCACGGACACUCUACCAACCCCCAUGGAAAGCUACACCACAGCCAUCCCCAUGGAAAACACCACAGACACUCCACCAACCCCUAUGGAAAGCCACACCAUGACCACCCCCAUGGAAAACAACAGCACAGACACUCUACCGACCCCCAUGGAAAGCCACACCACAGCCAUCCCCAUGGAAAACACCACAGACACUCCACCAACCCCUAUGGAAAACCACACCAUGACCACUCCCAUGGAAAACACCACCACAGACACUCUACCAACCACCAUGGAAAGCCACACCACAGCCAUCCCCAUGGAAAACACCACAGACACUCCACCAACCCCUAUGGAAAGCCACACCAUGACCACCCCCAUGGAAAACAACAGCACAGACACUCUACCGACCCCCAUGGAAAGCCACACCACAGCCAUCCCCAUGGAAAACACCACAGACACUCCACCAACCCCUAUGGAAAACCACACCAUGACCACUCCCAUGGAAAACACCACCACAGACACUCUACCAACCCCCAUGGAAAGCUACACCAUGGCCAUCCCCAUGGAAAGCAUCACCACAGACAUCCUACUGACGCCCAUGGAAAGCCACACCAUGACCACCCCCAUGGAAAACACCACAGACACUCUACCAACCCCUAUGGAAAGCCACACUAUGACCACUCCCAUGGAAAACACCACAGACACUCCACCAACCCCUAUGGAAAGCCACACCACGACCACCCCCAUGGAAAACAACACCACGGACACUCCACCAACCCCCGUGGAAAGCAACACCUCGGCCACACUCCCAACCACUCCCACCAACACCUCUGCUACCUCAGCACUGGCUCAGCCCGAUGCCACCCACACGGUCCCCCUGGACACCACCACAGCAUGCGCUGGGAACUGCACCAGCCCCACCACUGAGACCACAGCGGUGACGCCCCAAUCCCCUCCCAACACCAGGGUGUCCACCACAACAAAGGUUCCUGGCUCCACCACCAUCACCACCUGGUCUUCUUCAACCAGCAGAGCCACCACCACCACCUUGGCCACCCUCUGCCUCUACCUCCCACAUGGGUCCAGCCCUCCAGCUAGUGGGUCACCUGGCAUGGGGUGCUUGGGGUGGGAGGGGGGUCUCCUUUCCAGGGUCAAGAGGGACAUGGGGUAUUCCAGCGUUGGGGAGGAGGAGGAGGGAGAGAUGAUGGACAUAGAUCCAACCCUGUGGUUGGCAGGUGUCCUGCCAUGGGGUCCCCGAGGUGUGGAGUGUGUCUCCUUCCCAGGGGUCUCCUUCCCGGGGGUCUCCUGGGGCAAGAGGAUAAAGGGGGACAUGGGGUCUUCCAGUGUUGAGGGGAAAGAGGAGGAGGAGGAGGGAGAGAAGGAUGGACUCAUCUGCCACAACGGUGGCGUCGCCAACUUGACCGAAUGCCUUUGCCCACCCGGCUACUCCGGCCCCACUUGCGAGACGGUGGACACCACCGACCAGUGCGCUGGUGGCAGCACGGCGGGGGGCAACCGGUGCAUCUGCCCACCGGGGCGGUCGGGACCUCGUUGCGACACCCGUGAUGAAGCCACGGCUUGCCAGAACGGAGGCACGGCCGUGGGCACAGAGUGCUACUGCCCCGAGCAGAGCUACACCGAGGAGCAGAGCUACACCGAGGAGCAGAGCUACACCGAGGAGCAGAGCUACACCGAGGACCACCAGGAGAACCACCACCACACCCAUCCCAACCACCACAGGUUGGUGGGUCUUCCUUGGAAUCCCUGCCAGAAUGGGGGUCGCUGGACGGGGACGUUUUGUCUCUGUCCCCCCAACGUGGACGGAGCUCGCUGCCAGUUCGGGGCAUCGACCAUCAACCUCACGGCAGAGCUGGGCCCCUCCAUCUUGAUGCUGGCACGUGUCACCAACCGGAAGUUCUCCGAGGACAUGGGGGACACCUCAUCCCCCACCUAUCGCAGCUUCGCGGAUAUGAAGAGCUGGGCCCCUCCAUCUUGA